GUUGCGCUCUUCGCUGGGACUUCUUCAAUGCUCAUUUUCAAUCGUGAUUCCAAGCGCACAAGCCGAUAUACCAACAAACUUUCGAUUUCCAACAUUACUAUGGGCAAGCCAACCGACCGUGACGUCGCUGCGGAUAAAGAGUUCGCCACUCUGGCGCAAGUGCUGAUCGAGACUGCCAACGACGCCGAGAACUGUCUGAAGUUGCUGAAAAGGAAGCUGGCGGAGUACGAUGGUCGACAUGGCAACCGCUUCGUGGGCACGGCCAAGUCGUACAUGCGCAGUGACCUUCGCAAUGCCAAGGACGUGUCUGCUGAUCUGAGGCAUGUGGCGCACAAGAUCACCAAAAAGCACAAAAAUUCCAAGAAGGAGGUGCAUUCGGCCCGCAAGCACAUGAACGCUACGUCCAACGCCUUGGACAUUUUGAAGACGACGGCUCGCAACUACGACGAGAAGCACGGACACGCAAAGAAAGACCCCCAUGAUGGUCGUCACCAUGGCGGCGGUCUGGGCAGUUCAGAUACUGUCGAAGAACUUGUGAAGACAACUCUGCGCGCCAACGUGAACCUUAACGUACUGAGCUACCAGAUCAACAGUGCGGACAAAUCGGUAUCGUCGCCUUCCAUUGUCGAGCGAGCUAAGGAAGCGAUGCACGGAAUGAAGGAAAAGCUGACGGGUGACAAAUCCAGUCCAACACGCAGACACUCAAUGACUCCGUAAGAAUCGAGCAAGAAGACCAUUUAUCACUAUCAGACACAAGUAGGAGGUUUCACUAACAGAAGUAGGUGUUUUUUUUUUAUCAUUUACAAUGCGAGCAUUUGAAAACCCAAACUUGUAAGUCAAUAAGCCACAGUGCAUAAAAAUAAAUCUGAAAAAAAAG